AUGAGGGUCUUGUACAUAAUACUCUGCGUUCUCCAUUACGUGUAUGCUCUACCGCGGGCACCCAGUAAGUAUUCCGCCGUUUACGCCAAGUGGAAUGUGCCAAAUGUUGACUCAACUCGACGGCUUCUAUCCGGAACAUCCACUUCGUCAUUGCUCGUCCUUCAGCUGGCACAAGGUGCCGAGAUCUUAGGUUGCUACACGGCCCCUCGUGCCGGUUUGCCGCUCGCUGGUAUUCGACGACAAGACGUCAACUGGUAG